AACUGUUUUUUCCUAUUAUAUUAACUAUUAUAUUAUACUAUAUUAUAUUAAUAUGUACUAAAUAAAUUUUAAAAGUGAAUUAUAAUUAUUAUUUGUUUCUAGGGCUUUCAAUAUGUAUAGUGUGUUACUAUAUCAUGAAAGGAACUCGGUUGCCAAUUGCCAACUAUAGUGGAUUGGAUUUGUGCUUCUUUCAGUAACCGGCAGCGUGUGUCUACGAUACCGGUGGAUAUUAGUUAGCAUAAAAUGUCGAACACUAAAUUCAAUUUUUCAUUUUAUAUCACAUAUUGUUGUUUAUUUUUGAAUCUUGUAAAUGCAAGCGCUCAGACAUCAUCAAAAAGUACUUUCGCGGAACAACUUACGGAAGAAAACUGGGAUCGUAUGCUGAUCGGAGAAUGGAUGGUGGAAUUCUAUGCCCCAUGGUGUCCUGCUUGUAAAGCACUGGAACCAAUUUGGGAACAUCUUGCUGCACAAAAGGAGAAUUUAAAUAUCAAUGUAGGAAAAGUUGAUGUGACUGAUUCUCCAGGACUUAGUGGAAGAUUUAUGGUUACAGCUUUGCCUACAAUAUAUCAUGUUAAAGAUGGUAUAUUUAGGCAAUAUAAGAGUCCUAGAGAUAAAGACUCAUUAAUUGAAUUUGUGUCUGAGAAAACUUGGGAAAAGAUUGAACCAAUUCCUGGUUGGAAGAGUCCAACAUCUAUUCAAAUGUCUGUGAUUGGUCAAUUCUUUCAAAUGUCACAAGUAUUACGGGGAAUACACAAUAGGCUCAUGGAAGAUUUUGGAUUACCUACUUGGGGAAGUUACUUGAUAUUUGCUAUUGCUACUAUUGUUUUAGGUGGAAUAUUAGGAUUGUUUAUUGUUUGCUUGAUCGAUUUUAUAUAUCCACCAAAACCUGUGAUGCUUCAAGACAAAAAAAAGCAGAAGGAUGGAUCAGGUGGAUUUAUGCAAGAAAAAAGUAUACAGGAUGAAGAAAUUGUUGAACAUGUUAAGGAUGAUUUAGUAGAUGAGGAAUCUGAACAAGAGGGAUCAGAAGUAGAAGAAAAAGAAAAGGAUGCAGAUAAAGAUUCAAAAACUGAACCAAGCAGUCCAAAUCAAAUUAGUAUUUAUAUCGUAAAUAUUAAAGCAAAAAUGGGUAAAAAUAUUAAAAAACGAUCAGCAAGUGAGUCUGAGACCACUGAGAAAAAAACAGAUAUACCAGUGAAUUUUAAUAAAAAUCUUAAAAAGAAAAAGACAGUACAUGAAACUAUACAAAAUGGUCAAUUAAAUGAACAAGUGAAAAAAAAUUUACCUAAGAAGUUUAAAAAUGAAAAGAAAAUUAAUAAAUUAGAAAUUGUUCAAAAUUCUAAUAAAAAAGAAAUAAAUGAAAAGAAUGCACAAAAAAGUAAGAGGCAAACAUUAAGUAAUUUGAAACUAUUGGAAAAGAGACAAGCUUUUCGUGAGAAACGUGCAAAAAAUAGACAUUCAAUAGGGCUUCAUUUAUCAGUUGAACAGAUAAAAAAGAAAAUUGAAUUAAUAGAAAAUCGAAAAGAAUGCUCAAGAAGUGCUAAGAGGAAAUUAGCAGCACUUAAGAAAAGAUUACUUACAGAGAAAGAGGAAGAGGAAAAUGUGCCAAAAAGGCAGAUAGGAAAAGAAAAAAAUGAGAAAAUAUUAGAAAUUGUAAAAAAAGGAAAAGCUCAAAAUGCUGAACAGAAUAAAAAUUUGCAAAGGAAAGUGAAAGCUAAGUCAAAUAGAGAGGAUAAAAAGAAAGAUGUUAAACAAAAUAAAGUACUUUUAAAGGAAAAAAGGAGAAAUGAAAAGGAUGAUGAUGAUGAUGAUGAUGAUGACGACGACAACGACGAUGAUAAUGAUAUUAAAAAUAAAAACAUAAAGAUGAAUGAUGAAUUGAGUGAGGAUGAUGAUGAAAGUUAUGUAGAAAAAGACGAAGAUGAAGAUGAAGAUGAAGAUGAGGAGGAAGAGGAAGAGGAGGAGGAGGAGGUGGAGGAGGAGAAUGUGGAUGAAGAAGAUGAUGAUGAGGAGGAGGAGGAGGAGGAGGAUGAAGAAGAUGAGGAUGAUGAUGAUGAUGAUGAUGAUGAUGAAAAUAAGAAUAAUAAUCAAAAUAAAAACAAUAAAAUAAAAAAUAAAAAUGUACAGAAAGAAAAAGAGGCACCUACAAAUGUAGAAAAAGAAAGCAAGAAGAAAAGAUAUGUUCUUUUUGUAGGAAAUUUAUCAUAUAGGACUACCAAUGAGGAACUUAAAAAACACUUCUUGACUAAGGUCAGUAAAGUCAUUGAUAUCAGGAUACCAAGGAAAGAUACAAAUACAGGACGUGGAUUUGGUUAUGUAGAAUUGGCCAAUAGUAUAGAUUACGAGGUAGUGUUGCAAAAAACUUCAAAUUGCAUGCUCUGCAAAAAGGAGGAAAAUUAUCAGGUGGAAAGAACAGAAAUAAUCAGAAGUAUGCAGGCAACAAGUGAAGACAAAACAUAUGAGCAAAAGUAUAAUUAUUAAAUAAAUGUUUAAAUUUUGUCUAUUUUAACAUUUAAGAUUAAGUUUUUUAUGUAAUCAUAUUUGUAAAGACUUACAUGUUGCAUAAUAUAGAUAAAAGCUUUAUCUACUAGAAUAAUUGUAUAAUUUAUUUAUUUUAUUAACCUAAUGUACUUGAAAUUAUCACUUAUUUCGAAAUAAAAUCAUUAUAUUUAUCAUAACAAAAGUUCAACUUCAUAUGUUUAUAUAAAAAUAGGUUACUAAAAAUUUUGUAUAUAGUUAAUAAUAAAAAACAACAUAGUUAAUUUUUUAUAGUUAUUUUAAUACUGCAUACUAUAAUUGA